AUGGGCAAGUCGUCAAAAGACAAGCGUGAUGCUUAUUACAGGCUUGCUAAGGAGCAAGGCUGGCGUGCGCGAAGCGCAUUCAAGCUGCUCCAGCUAGAUGAGGAAUUUGACCUCUUCGCUGGUGUCACCCGUGUCGUUGACCUCUGCGCUGCUCCCGGUAGCUGGAGCCAAGUCCUAUCGCGAGUCUUGAUCAAGGGGGAGAAGUUUGGGCGGACGGCAUGGGAGGACAAACAAGAAAAGCUACGGCAACAAUUGCUCAAAGUAUACGGAAUUGAGCCUUCAGCAGCCGAACUACAAAAGGCACAAAAAGAGGAGGUAGAGGAGGCCCCCGAGUUGAAACCUCGCAAAGAUGUCAAGAUCGUUGCGAUAGAUCUUCAACCCAUGAGCCCCCUCCAGGGGAUCACAACUCUUCGAGCCGAUAUCACCCACCCGGCAACGAUUCCUCUCCUUCUCCGUGCUCUCGACCCCACAUAUGAUCCUACUUCACAGUCGCAACACGCAUCGCACCCUGUGGACCUCGUGCUCUCGGAUGGCGCACCAGAUGUCACAGGCCUACAUGAUCUUGACAUAUACGUGCAGUCGCAACUCCUCUUCGCUGCGUUGAACCUUGCUCUUUGCGUCCUCCGCCCAGGCGGGAAGUUUGUCGCCAAGAUAUUUAGAGGCAGGAAUGUCGAUUUGCUAUUUGCACAGUUAAAGAUCUUCUUUGAGAGAGUAGUGGUCGCGAAGCCGAGAUCAAGUCGGGCGAGUAGUGUUGAGGCAUUUAUCGUGUGUCUCAAUUUCACUCCGCCUGAUGGAUUUAAAGCUAGUCUUGAGGAUCCGAUGGGAGUCGGCGACCGACUAGACAAGAUGGCAAGGAUGAAGGCACAGCAAGCUCCCAUUUUGGCGCCUGCAACUCUGCAGGACCCUGAAAGGGGUACUUGGUCAGCCAGCAGUUUCAGACCAGUAGCAGGCAUGGCGGAUACUGUUGUCGAGGUCACCCUGCCUGAUGACGAAGUUGAAGCUCGUCAGAACGGGCGAUGGAUAGCACCUUUUUUGGCUUGUGGAGAUCUUUCUGCUUUCGAUGCGGAUGCUUCAUAUCAUCUCCCGAAGGACCGAGUUACGCUCGAUCCCGUGCAACCGCCCACCGCCCCUCCUUAUAAGCGUGCUCUCGAGAUGAGGAAAGCUGCAGGCGGCGCUUACGGGAAGACGUCUCUAGUAUGACGAGCCGACCAUCGGGUUUGGGAAUGCAUAGCAAGGCGUUUGGUUUACAGGCAAUACCGGUACACUGGACUGAAAGAAGUCUCUCACGUCAGGCCCGUCUCACGGUUCGAAAUUCAAGGGCAUUUGCAUUACUUGGUCACUCAAGUGAGUUCUGGCCCACAAAAGCUAUUGCAUACUUUAUUGAGGUAUACUUUAUGGUGCGGUUCAUGUAUAGCCCAAACAGCAGAAAACCAAUUUGAGAGACGCCCAACAGAACCAUUCCAGAGAUAUUCAACACGUGAUCCGCUCGCGACUUCAUCCAACUCCUUCCACGAGGACUCUUUCCACAUAAUCGUGGAUC